AUGCAGCAACCCGACGACGAGCAGCAUGUCGACCACGUUCUACAAGCCGACACCGACGAGGACUCGGCCCUCGACUUGGGUGAAGAUCAAAUCUCGACUGCCUCACUGACAUCCACGAUUCGGCAUUUUCAGAUUGAAAAUGGUCACACGUAUCACGCGCUCAGUGCGGGAAAAUAUAUCCUGCCCAAUGACGAGCAAGAAAAAGAACGAUUAGACAUCCAAAACGAACACUUCCUAGCAACCUUUGAUGGCCGCGCCCACUUUGCACCAGGAGCAGACACGGCCCAGAGAGUGCUCGAUGUCGGGACUGGAACUGGCAUCUGGGCAAUCCAAUACGCUGAUGCACAUCCCGCGGCGCAGGUUAUCGGCGUCGAUUUAAGCCCGAUACAGCCUACACAUGUGCCACCGAAUUGUUCCUUUGAGAUUGACGAUGUCGAACAGGAAUGGACGUGGUCGUUCCCCUUCGAUUACAUCUUCAGUCGAUUCAUGGUGGGAAGUUUUGCUGACUGGCCUAGUUUUAUCGGCCGAGCUUACGAGAAUCUAACCCCCGGCGGCUGGCUGGAACUCCAAGACUGCAUUUUCCCUCUGGGGACCGACGACGGGACGUUCCACGAGGGGCAGGCCAUCUACGAAUGGAGCAACUUAUUACUCGAAGCCAGUGAGAAACUGGGCCGAUCGUUAGGCGCCGCCAUCCGCCACCGCGACCACAUGAUCGCAGCGGGCUUCACCAACGUGUCCGUGAGACACUUCAAGUGGCCGUCGAACCAUUGGCCCAAGGACCCGAAGCACAAGAUCGUGGGGUUGUGGACGUUGGCCAACAUCGGCGACGGGCUCGACGGGCUGAGCAUGGCCCUGUUGUCACGGGGCCACGGUUGGACGCGCGAACAGGUCCUGGGAUAUCUCCCUGCGGUACGGAGGGAUUUGCAGGAUAAGAGGAUUCAUGCAUACUGGCCUAUGUGA